UUUGACGUCAUUUUUUGACGUGACGUUAAUCAUAUGACAGUUGGGCGAGGUGUUUAUACCAUAACUCCUGAGAUAUUCUGAAUUUCAAAUCACCGUCAAAUUAUUAAACAAGAAAAAUGAAAGGGUGCAUUUUCAACAUUGAUAAUGGAUAUUUGGAAGGUUUGUGUCGUGGCUUCAAAUGUGGAAUUCUAAAGCAAACUGAUUACCUAAAUUUGGUUCAGUGUGAAACCUUGGAGGAUCUCAAGUUACAUUUGCAAGGUACAGAUUAUGGGACUUUCUUAGCUAAUGAACCAUCACCAUUGUCAGUUUCCACAAUAGAUUCAAAACUUCGAGAGAAACUCGUUAUUGAGUUCCAGCAUAUGCGCAACCAGGCAGUAGAACCUCUUUCCACAUUUCUUGACUUCAUUACCUACAGUUACAUGAUCGAUAAUAUAAUAUUACUUAUUACUGGCACUUUACAUCAAAGGCCUAUUGGGGAGCUUAUUCCAAAAUGCCAUCCCCUAGGAAGUUUUGAGCAAAUGGAGGCAAUUCACGUAGCAGCUACUCCUGCAGAAUUGUAUAAUGCAGUGCUUGUUGAUACCCCUCUGGCACCAUUUUUUGUGGAUUGCAUCAGUGAACAGGACUUGGAUGAAAUGAACAUCGAAAUCAUUCGUAAUACUCUGUACAAAGCAUAUUUGGAAGCUUUCUGGAAUUUCUGUAAGGAAAUUGGUGGCACAACUGCUGACUCUAUGUGCGAAAUUCUGGCAUUCGAAGCAGAUAGACGUGCCAUUAUUAUAACCAUCAACUCUUUUGGAACAGAACUAAGCAAAGAUGAUCGUGCUAAACUAUAUCCUCGCUGUGGAAAAUUAUAUCCUGACGGUUUGGCAGCUUUGGCAAGAGCCGAGGACUAUGAACAAGUGAAAGCUGUAGCAGAGUAUUAUGCAGAAUACUCAAAACUUUUUGAAGGGGCUGGUAAUAACCCUGGAGACAAAACUUUAGAGGAUAAGUUCUUCGAACAUGAAGUUCGUUUAAAUAUCAAUGCUUUUAUGCAGCAGUUCCAUUUUGGGGUAUUCUAUUCUUACUUGAAGUUGAAGGAACAGGAAUGUCGCAAUAUUGUUUGGAUUGCAGAAUGUGUAGCUCAGAAGCACAGGGCUAAAAUUGAUAAUUACAUUCCAAUAUUCUAGGUUAAUAGUUUUGUGUCAUCAAUUUUUCAACUCGUAUACUAAGUGAUUAGAGGAAUCAAUGUUACAUCUAUACCUUAUUGAACCACUUCCUAUUGAAAAAAAAUUCACCUAGAAUAUUGUUAAAUCAGUCGGGUUACUUUCGAGGUAUUUGUUUAAAUCUUUCAAUUAGAAUGAUUAUUCAUUGUUCCAGUCUUUUGAUAAUAGGUUGAUCUAGUUCUACUCUGUGGAAUAUUCAAGUAUUUUUUCCCAAUUAAAUUGCUAAAUCAAACAUAGCUUCGUGACAUUCUUUCUCCUAGAUAAAAUUGAUACCUCCUAUUAUUAUCUGGGUGUGAUAGCAAUGUAUUUCUGAAUAUAUGUACACAUUUUGUUUAAAUAACAUAAUUAUAUGAAUAUACUGAUUAUUCUGAGAUUUAAUUAUAUAGAUGAUAUUGUAGAUAUGUACAUUUUUCUUCAUCUUUUUUUUUUUGAAAAUAUACAUUUAUUUGAAGUU